GGCGGGGCCCGGCGCGCGCUCCGCGACUGUGCGCAUGCGCUCGCCAAAAGCUCCAGCGCCAUUUUGUGGAGGAUAUUUACCAUUUUAUGACCGGGGGAGGCGAGAAACGUCACCGGCCCAGGCCUUCUGUGUCAGCGGGGCGGGAGGCGCUCCGUCCGCCGCCCAUAAUCCCCCAUCUCGGCCCCUCGGAGCGAUCCCAAUACGGCCGGACUCCGGCUCUCCGCUGCAGCAGCCAUUUUGGCGAAGUCAGGUUUAUCUAAAGAAAACCAUGACUGUGUGUGCAGCAUCUGGUUGCAAGAACCGUUUGUCCAAAGGAUGCGGGAAACAUUUUUUCAGGUUUCCCCUCAAGAAUCCUGAAAAGCUUGCAAAAUGGAUUGCAGCAGUUCGCCGGGAAAAGUGGACUCCUACAAUUUACAGCAGGCUUUGCAGCGAUCAUUUUACAGAACAGGAUUACAUGCUACGCCCAGGAGCAUCAAGCCCUUACCUGCGUACAGAUGCAGUGCCAUCUAUUUUUCCUGGUUUAUCUCCACCUUUGAAAAAAAACAAGAAAAUGAAAACUGAGAGAGCAUUUAACAUUGAUCCAUUGCCUGCAGUCGCUGAUCCCAUCAUUCCAGAACCAUCCAUUCCAGAACAAAAGCUGGUGGACCAGAAGGUGGCAUCUGCUGACCAUACGUACUCUGCAGUGUCUAAUGAUAAAGAAAACGAUGCCCCUCCUGCAAUUGUAAAUACUGCAACCAUUAAAAUGAGGAAAAAAAUUAAAAGGUUACAAAAACAAGUACUUAGACAAAGGAAUAAAAUAAGAAGCAUGAAGUUACUAUUAACAGAACUGAAAAGACAUCUUGCUAAUAAUGUGCAGCCCAUAUAUUAUCUGAUCACUUCAGCAGAUGAUGACUAGGUGUGUCUAGAAGCCCGUCAGUCUCGAAGCACUAGUCAAGUAUUGGCAUAGCAUAUUUUUGCUAUCAUUUUACUUGUUUCUGAAAGUCUAAACUUUGCAAGUAACUAUUGUUUACCUCAUGCAGUGUCUCUUCAGACAUGCUGCGCCCUUGUGGUUGCUAAUCGGAGCAGUCCCUGCCCCAAUUAAAUGAUACGUGGUCUGCUUUUUGUUGAGUUAUCACCUGUUUGAGACACUAGCAGGCUGUGUUAUUAAACUUGGCAUAAGAUGAUCACUAACUUUGGAAGAUCAGCAUGCUGCAGUUUGCCUGUCUAGGUCUCUAGAGUGUACCUGACAGGUCUAACACUGACUCGUGUUAUUUAGACUUGUCAAACUUGAAAGUCUGUAGGCUAUCUAGAGCCCUCUAAUGGAGGACUUAUGGGAAGAAUGCAUUCUUCCUUUCUUAACAAAGCAGAGCUGGUUGGUUUUUUAUUUUAAUUUUUUUUCCUCUAUGUAAGACAGUCGACUUGUUUGUGUUUUUUUUUUGUUUUUUUGCCACUUUUUUGUUAACUCUUUUUUUCUUUUGUCUGUAAUGGUUUCCGAAACAUCUUUAUAUUUCUUGCAUGGCAUGUACGCCAGUUUGUACCAGCUAUGUGGAAUCCUUGGGCAAUGCUAACUUUAUAUGUAAUUAGAAAGUCAUUUGGACUUUCAUUUUUAUAACAUUCUCUUGGACUUUAUAUGUAUUUUUAGUAAAACUGGCAUACAUUCACACAUUUACUGCCACGGCUAAAAUAUUCAAAAGCUAACGCUGCAAACCUUCCUUUCUAGGCAGAUAGAGGAACUAAUAUUUAUACUUCUGCUCUUAUAAUGGGGGUAUAUUUUGAGAUUGGAAUUGGCUGAUGAAAUUUUGUAUAUAUCAUUGGAGUGAGUGAUGAAGGGUUUUUUUUUUUCUCCCUUGAAAAUUGCAACUGUGUAAACUUCUAGGUCUCUGGAAUGUCAAGGAAUAUUUUCUCUAAUGCUAAUUGUAUUACAGGUUUAAUGCUCAAUCUGUAGGAGCAGUGUGUAUCCAGGGGAUUUAAUAAAACAAAUAAUAUUUUCAUUGUAUUCUACAGCCUGCCUCAUUGUAAUGCUAAAGUAUUUUCUGGCAAAUAAAUAUCUUUUGAAAUGUAA